AUGUUCCAAAUGCUUCAAACUGUGGGUCAGUUUAGUGGGAUGCCCACAGAGGAUCCUCACCUUCACCUUCGCUUGUUCAUUGAAGUAAGUGACUCUUUCAAGCUACCCGGAGUGACAGAGGAUGCAUUGAGACUAAAUUUGUUCCCAUACUCCUUGAGAGAUAGAGCCAGAGCUUGGUUGAACUCCUUGCCAUCUGAUUCCGUGAGUACUUGGCAAGAGUUGGCUGAGCGGUUCUUGAUGAAGUAUUUUCCUCCCACUAAAAAUGCCAAGCUUCGCAAUGAGAUUACUUCAUUUCAACAACUUGAUGAAGAAUCCUUAUAUGAGGCAUGGGAGCAGUUUAAGGAGUUGUUACGCAAAUGCUCUCACCAUGGCAUUCCUCAUUGCAUCCAAAUGGAAACCUUCUAUAACGGUCUUAACGCUCAUACUAGGAUGGUGGUUGAUGCUUCAGCGAACAGAGCUCUUCUUGCUAAGUCCUAUAAUGAGUGGCCCACUUCUAGAUUGUCUACCGGUAGAAAGGUUACCGGUAUUCAUGAUGUAGAUGCCAUCACUUCUUUGGUGGCCCAAGAGUCUUCUAUUUCUAAUAUGCUCAAGACAAUGAAUAUGGUGAUGAAUCAAUCAAGGGGGCAGCCUAUGGGGACACAAAUGGGGCAAAUGGAGAGCAUUUCUUGGGUGUAUUGUGGUGAGGGUCAUACUUUUGAUAACUAUCCUUCUAAUUCGGCAACUGUAUGUUAUAUGGGGAACCAAAAUAGGAAUGGUACUUAUUCUAAUUCCUACAACCCAUCAUGGAGGCAACACCCCAAUUUUUCAUGGAGUAAUCAAGGAGCUGGCCCUAGUAAUCCUUCGAUGCCUCCAAGACCAAAUUUUCCACCGGGUUACCCCCCUCAAGCACCACAACAACAGACAAUGCAAUUUAGCUCUCUUGAGAGCAUGUUGAAGGAAUAUAUAGUGAAGAAUGAAGCCAUGAUUCAGAGCCAAUCGGCUUCAUUGAGGAACUUAGAAAACCAAGUUGGGCAACUAGCUAAUGAGCUUAGAAAUAGACCCCACGGUACACUGCCAAGUGAUACCAAGAAUCCAAGGAGUAUGGGGAAGGAACAUUGUAAAGUUGUCACUUUGAGGAGUGGAAAGGAGUUGGAGAAGGACAAGACCGAGUCUGGGCAUGAGGGUGAGCCCUCUUCAAUCCAAAUAAAUGAGGAAUUCCAAAAAGAUACUGAACUUCCUAGUGCACAAAAAUCUACCUCUGCCCAGGAUACUGCAGGCAUACCGCAGCAUUGUCAACCAGCAAGCUCAAUUUCAAAGAAGCCACCUCCAUUUCCUCAACGUUUUCAGAAGCAAAAGUUGGAUUCUCAAUUCAAGAAGUUUCUAGAUAUGUUGAAGCAGUUGCAUAUCAACAUCCCACUGGUAGAGGCACUUGAGCAAAUGCCUAACUAUGUAAAAUUCAUGAAAGAUAUUCUUACAAGGAAGAGAAGGUUAGGAGAAUUUGAGACAGUGGCUCUUACCAAGGAAUGUAGCUCAUUCUUGCAAAACAAGCUGCCACCGAAGAUGAAAGAUCUUGGGAGUUUCACCAUUCCAUGUACCAUUGGUAAUUCUUAUUGUGGCAUGGCAUUAUGUGACUUGGGUGCUAGUAUAAAUCUGAUGCCUAUGUCUGUGUAUAGACAAUUAGGGAUUGGUGAAGUCCGACCUACCACAGUGACUCUACAACUUGCAGAUAGAUCUCUUGCUUAUUCAGAUGGGAAGAUUGAGGAUGUCUUGGUAAAAGUUGAUAAGUUCAUUUUCCCAGUUGAUUUCAUUGUGUUGGAUUAUGAGGCAGACAGGAAGGUACCAAUCAUUCUAGGGAGGCCUUUUCUAGCUACUGGUAGAACUUUGAUUGAUGUGCAAAAGGGUGAACUUACUAUGAGGGUUCAAAAUGAGCAGGUGACUUUCAAUGUAUUCAAGGCUAAGAGAUUUCCAGAAGAGGUCGAAGAGUGUUCUGUGGUUUGCGGAUUUUGCUAA